AUGAGUUCAGACAAACUGGAGAUCAGAUAUGAGGGCAAAGAAGUGGUGGCUUUGGUUAAGUGGAAAGUAAGAGUCGGCCAACGGAUCGGUCAAAGCGGUCAACAACUGUUCACUUAUCGGUUGUUGGGAUCAAAUGAUGAGCCAAUCGGUGACAACAUUGCCUACAAGUGUCGUAAAGUGGGACUCAUUGUGGACUCGAUGGUCAAAAAAGAGGGCGAUUUAGUGGUUCCCAACGAAGUGGUCAUUCAAUACAAGGAAUGUCUUCACAACACAGUCAUGAAGGACUUGUGCGCCGACUGUGGCGCUAAUAUCAACGCCUUGGACGCGGAUCAGCGCCGAAGAAUAGCCGAACUGACGUCCGUAUCGAUGGUUCAUUCGGUGCCCGAACUCCGGGUCAGUAAAGAGAGGGCCGAGACUUUGGGAAGAGCUGAUGAACAGAGGCUCCUGAAGGACAGGAAACUGGUUUUGCUCGUCGACUUGGAUCAGACGCUCAUUCACUCGACCAAUCAUAACAUCCCAUCCGAUGAGCCAGACGUGCAUCACUUCCAACUGUACGGUCCGCACACGCAAUGGUAUCACACGAAGUUCAGACCAAAUACACUGCCAUUCUUGGAGUCCAUGUCGAAGCUCUUUGAGCUCCAUAUCUGUACGUUCGGCGCCAGACGUUAUGCCCAUACGAUCGCUAACCUAAUGGAUCCCAAAGAACUGUAUUUCCCGAAAGACAGGAUUCUUUCGCGCGACGAAUGCUUUGAUCCCAAUCUGAAGACAGCGAACAUGAAGUCAUUGUUUCCGUGCGGAGACUCAAUGGUCUGUAUUAUUGACGAUCGCGAAGACGUGUGGAAUUUUGCGCCCAAUUUAGUGACCGUUAAGCCAUACGUGUGUUUCCGCGACACCGGAGAUAUCAAUGCACCGGAAAAGGCUGUCGGCCCUCAAGUCGACCAAUCGGUCGAUAAAACAGACGAAUUGAAAGACUUGACGGAAUCAACAGUUGUUGAAGUGUUGGACGAAAAGGAACAGCAAAUCGAUGCCAACAAACCAAGUGUUGAAACACCGGAUGUAACGGAAAAUAGUUUGCAAAACACAACACAAACAAAACCAGAAGAAGAUGUGGAAACAACUCGUGAGACAACCGAUGAGAAUAGUGUCGAAAAAGUCGAGACCAAAGAAGAGGACUCUAAAAGCGAAGAGAAAGUUGAAUCCAAGGACUCGUCAACUGAUUCACCAAAGAUUAUUCAAAUGGAAAGUGAAUUAAAUUCAAAUUCUUCUUCGAAUGAAAUGAUUGACGAAAAUAAGGACAAAAAGGAGAAUAAAUUGGCGACAAAAUCAGACUCGAGUGUAAAGCCGAGAGAAUCCAACGAAGACACAGACGAUUAUCUGCUAUAUUUGGAGGAAAUAUUGACUCGAAUUCAUAGCGAAUAUUAUAAAGAAUACGACGAAAAGAUGAAAUAUAAGUCCGAAUCCGAAGAGAUUAAGAUUCCGAACCUCAAGGAAAUCAUACCUAAUGUGCGGAAAAAGAUAUUGAAUGGCAUUAAUAUAGUGUUCAGUGGAGUGAUGCCCACAAAUAUGCCGCCAGAAAAGCACAAACUCUAUGCAAUCGCCAAAAGUUUUGGCGCAACCAUUAGUACAGAUGUGGUGACCGAUGGGUCGCCCAAAACGACUCAUUUGAUUGCCGCCAAAUGGGGAACCGUUAAAGUGAACAAAUGUGUUAAAGCGAAGAACGUAUGGAUUAUUAAACCCAAUUGGCUUUACUGUUGUGCUGAACGCUGGGAAAGGGUUGACGAACGCCUCUAUCUGUUGGACAGAGAGAUGGCGACCACCGAUAGGGGAAAGACUUCUGCCAAACAAAUACUCGACACUAAAAUGGAAAUGAAGCGAUCGAGUAGUGGUCCAAAGCCCGAGUCGACAAUUGCGACCACUUUUGCCACUUAUGACCCAAAGACUGGCAAAAGAGUACGAUCUCAAAGUCAAACACAGAAUCCUUUUUUAGAGCAAAGCCCAGAAAUGAGUGUUAAGUCGAGUGGAAGCGAUCAGAACCAGCAGUUGUUAGAGCAGAGCCGGCAAAUACAACCCCAUAAUAUGCUCGACUUUUCACCGCUUUCUGGCUUUAGUAUCAAUGAAUUGCAAAGUAUGGGCAAAGAAGUAGACGACGCGUGCAGUGAAGGCGACGCCAUGAGCACCGGUAACACUGAUAGCGAUUCCGAUGUCGAUAUUGAAGACAUUGAGAGCAAUAACAACAAUAAGAAGAAGAAAUGCGACAAAAGAAAGGUUGAGUCGUCCAGUGAUGACAGCGAAGACGGAGAGUAUCCGAAGGGUUGGAAUCAAAACAAGAAGAAGAAAACGAUUGAAAGGAAACGAGUGGUGGAAAUGGAAGAAACAAACGACUCGACCAGAGAUUGGGAUGAUUUUGAAAGCAAACCUCUAAAUGAUUGCGAAGAGGAAGAGUCCACUGAUAACCAAUCUAUUGGUUCUGUAGACGAAGAGAUGGCUUUAGCCGUCGAGAGAGAGUUUCUCAGUUAG